UUGAACGCGGUUGUGUGAAGAUGUCUGCUGACGGACCGCCAGGAGCCGAAAACAGCCCGGAUUUGGGCGCCUCGGCGGUGGCACUGAACACAUGGAGCCUCGCCGAGUUACAAGCCAAACUGGCGGAGAUCGGGGCACCGGUUAUGGGCCCGAGAGAAGAGUUAAUAGACAGGUUGAAAACUUACAUGAUGCAGACUGGGAUUAUUUUGAGUAAGCCCAUCAUCCCGGGUGGAGAUAACAAGGCCAUGGCCCCAAUGUCGGGUCUUCCACCUAUGCCACCGAUGCCCUCUAUGCCUCUGCCCCCGGGCAUGGGCAUGCUGCCACCAAUGGGAAUGAUGGGCCCCCCUCCGCCUGGUAUACACAUUGGGAUUGAACCCCCGGGUGUGCCCCCAGGCAUACCACAGGAUGACCAGCUGAAGAUGGCUCAGCAGCGGGCUGCCAUGAUGAUGCAGCAAGAGGAGACGGCCAAUCAGGGUGACAGAGUCAUGGAGGAGCAGCUGAAGGAGCAGGAGUUACUUGAGCAGCAGAAGAGGGCUGCACAAAUGCUAGAGCACGAGAGACAGCAGGAGCUGGCUAAGCUGGGAGGACCUCCCGGCACCAGGGGUCCAGAGCCAGGACCUGGACCCAACCUGUUGCCCCCUAUUGCUCCACUCAGGCCCUUGACAACAAGUGGCCCACCCCCACCAGGCGUUUCCAUGGUAUCACAGACCAGUCAGAGGCAGAGAGUACCGCCACCACCUGGAGAGGAUGCUAGAGAGAUGUGGGCGAAUGAUGAGGUUGGCAUUGGGCCAAAGAUUCCGCAGGCUCUGGAGAAGAUACUGCAGCUGAAGGAGAUCAGACAGGAGCAGCUCACUAUUGCCCCUACAGAAGAUGAAGAGGAUGAGGGUGCAGAGGUGGAGAUGAACUCUUCUCGUGCCUACUCUGACGAUGAAGAUGAAGGCGCGCUCUCUAAAAAAGAUAGAAGCCGCAGGCGCAGGAACAGGAAGAAGAAGAACAAGAAGAAGAAGAAUGAAGAGAAGCAAGAGGAAGAACGAAAGAAGGAGGCAGAAAAGGAGAAAGAGCCAGAAGUGGAGAUAGAGUAUGUCACAGAGGAGCCAGAGAUCUAUGACCCUAACUACAUUUUCUUUAAGAGAAUCUUCGAAGCUUUUAAGCUGACAGACGAGGUGAAAAAAGAGAAGGAGAAAGAGCCAGAAAAGGCAGAGAAGCAGGAAACCACCUUGCUUAGGAAGAAAGGAUUUUUGGAGGAGAAGAAAGACAGCGAUGACAGUGAUGAGGAAGUGAAGCCAGAUGCACCAAAGCUGUCCAAGAAGAAGCUGAGAAGGAUGAACCGACUGACUGUAGCAGAGCUCAAACAGCUGGUAGCACGUCCAGAUGUGGUGGAGAUGCAUGAUGUGACGGCGCAGGAGCCCAAGCUGCUAGUGCACCUGAAAGCCACUAGGAACACUGUGCCUGUGCCCCGCCACUGGUGCUUCAAGAGGAAGUACUUGCAGGGCAAGAGAGGCAUUGAGAAACCGCCCUUUGAGCUGCCUGAGUUUAUCAAACGUACUGGCAUCCAGGAAAUGAGGGAAGCUCUGCAGGAGAAGGAGGAUGCUAAAACUAUGAAGACCAAAAUGCGUGAGAAAGUUCGACCAAAGAUGGGCAAGAUCGACAUCGACUACCAGAAGCUCCAUGAUGCUUUCUUCAAGUGGCAGAUCAAGCCAAAGCUCACUAUCCAUGGAGACCUGUACUAUGAGGGUAAGGAGUUUGAGACACGGCUGAAGGAAAAGAAGCCUGGUGAUCUGUCUGAUGAGCUGAGGAUUGCUCUGGGCAUGCCCACAGGCCCUAAUUCUCAUAAAGUUCCCCCUCCGUGGCUCAUUGCCAUGCAGAGAUACGGCCCUCCUCCCUCCUACCCUAACCUCAAAAUCCCUGGUCUUAACGCCCCCAUUCCUGAGAACUGUUCAUUUGGGUAUCAUGCUGGAGGUUGGGGUAAACCCCCAGUUGAUGAGACUGGAAAACCUCUAUAUGGAGAUGUGUUCGGAACCAACGCUGUGGACUUCCAGGCCAAAGCUGAGGAGGAGGAGGUGGACCGCACCCCAUGGGGCGAGCUCGAACCGUCUGAUGAGGAAUCCUCGGAGGAAGAAGAGGAGGAAGAGAGUGACGAGGACAAACCAGACGAAACCGGUUUCUUCACACCUGCUGACAGUGGGUUAAUCACUCCUGGUGGGUUCUCCUCUGUUCCUGCUGGUAUGGAGACUCCAGAGCUGAUUGAACUCAGGAAGAAGAAGAUUGAAGAGGCCAUGGACGGGAAUGAGACUCCUCAGCUGUACACGGUGUUGCCUGAGAGGCGAACGGGCCCAGUGGGAGCAGCCAUGAUGGCAUCCACACACAUCUAUGACAUGUCUGCGGCAGCAGUUGCUGGCCGUAAGGCUGCUGGGGUGUCAGGUUUGGGUGGUGACUCUCAGGGUGUAGAGGUCGCGCUGGCGCCGGAGGAGUUGGAGUUGGACCCCAUGGCCAUGACGCAGAAGUACGAGGAGCAUGUGCGCGAGCAGCAGGCCCAGGUGGAGAAGGAGGACUUCAGCGACAUGGUGGCUGAACAUGCAGCCAAACAGAAGCAAAAGAAGAGGAAGGGUCAGCCCCAGGACACUCGCGCUGGAGCCAAGAAAUACAAAGAAUUCAAGUUUUAAAGAGGAGAGAACCACCUUUGAGACCACCGUAUUUGUACUUUGUUUUUCUUUUUUAAAUGAGUUCUGUAGAAACAAAGCCGUGUAUGUGUAAGAUGACGAGAAGCAGUUUUUCAUUUUUCAGUGUCUUUUGUAAAUAAAAUAAUCCAUGCCGUUUUA